AUGCGAAAUGAAUGGAUUCUGGCCAGUAGGGGGAAGGAUAUUUGGUUUGCCGGGCAAGCGGCAGCCGUUCUGGUACGAGGGCGACGACUCAUACUUUUCACGGGCACAGAGCUCUAUGUUCUAGAGGAGGAUAGCGCAGAGGGUAGUCCUUCCAUCGCCGUCGUUGAAAUCGCAAGCAGCCUAUUCUUCAAGAGGAGCUUAAGACGACACAGUUAUGCCGGCUCAGUUGUAUCAUUUGAACUCCAGGCACAACCCAGGCUGAGGAUAAAUUGUACAGACGCCCCGGCGUACCCGAAGCAGUGGGGGAUACAAUGCGUUGACUCGAAAGUCAGCCGGACGGUCAUAAUCAAACAUGACUCAACUGACAAUGGAUUGGAAUCUGGCUUGUUCGACACUCACCGCUUGACUUUAGAUUACGGGACGGCCACACGUAAGCUCGUAGUACCUUGGAGUGAAUUUGAUUUUGGAAGAAGUAGACCAGCCAGUAGACCCACCAAUAAGAUGGAAGUCGAGGUAAUGGCCAGCAACGACACGGUGUUGGUCAUGAAGGAGACUUCCAGCCUAAUGAUAUCACACAGUGGUCACAGGGCUAUUAUAUGUUUGGGCCUCACGGGUGACCCGCUGUACGCAGAGGGUAUGGAGUGUAGGGAGAAGGAUUGGGGAAACUUGGCUAGCAUGGCGUCGGCUUUUCGGUCACUACAAAUAGAGACGGCGAAGUUCUCCAGGGCCUGGGAGAUAUACCAUCAGUGGCGAACGGAGGCAAACACUAGUGCGCCCACUCGCACCACAUGGAUAGCGAAAGAUCUCCGCGUAACCAGAGGCAGGUGUUUGAGAGAUACUCAUACCGUAGCAACGGUGAAUACUCAUUUCUUCGCUGGAAUAAGCAUCUUGCUUAGUAAUCUUGUUUGCGGAGUCUUCGUGUACGUUUGGCUUAAGAACACGACACUAGACGGAGAGUUUCGUGAGAAAUCUCUGACGUUGGACUCAAGUAGGAAAGUUUUGGCUAUGUCAAACCUGACCAGGUUCAACUGUGACAGGACACCUGAGGCAACGCCCUGGACCGCGAUUGUCAGAAGCGGGGAUAGGUCUUGCCACCUCGAGACGUCAUAUGGCAGUGAGUCGGACGUUAUUGAUAUCAACGUAAAACGAUCGGAGAAGCUCAUACUCAUGGGGCACCGCGGAAACGGGCGCAGAAGUGACUUACAAGUCAGCACGUAA